AUGAAUUAUUCUCAGACUGACAGUACAGCAAAUUUCUCCAGAUCUCCUCUUGUUGACAAAACAAAUUAUUUCACAAAUGACCCAUCAAAAGAGAAAUUGAUAGUUUCUCAUGACUUGUCUAAAGUCUGAGAAAUCUCAAAAUCGUUCAUAAAAGUUGACAAACACAGCAUCAAAGAGAGAUCAUUCGCUCCUGCAGAAAAAUAGAAUUGAACUAAUCAGAAAAAUGCAGUUAUCGAGUCCUACAGAGGAGCUAGAGCAGUCCACUCUCAAAGUAAUAAAAUCAAAAAGCAAGAAAAAGAAGAGUAGAGGUAAAAGAAAAAUAAAUUACAAACCUAGCUUUCUUAGCUUAGACAGUAAGACAAUGACUUCUCAAGGAAAGCUGGCUAAAUCUGGAGCAAAGGAGCCCCUAAACCUUGAAAUUAAUGAUUGCACAAAAUCCACUUCCCAGCAAUUUAUGAGUGCUAAUCCGUCUAAUUUCGAUACGGUUCAAGAGAGUUUUAUCGAGGACAAAUUUUGAGGGAUACCGAGCAACAACAAUGACUUGAAUACUAACACAAUUAUCGUGACCACUGGUGACAACAAGUAUGCCUGUACAAACUACCUCUGUCUUCCUGUCGAGGAGAGGAACCUGCUCUGGAACGUCGCUCGAGAGAAAAAGCUGGAAACCAUCAGAAGAAUCGCUAAAAGCAAUAAGCCUGAAGAGUGCACUUUCAAGCCGAAACUCAUCAGCAAUACUCAUAACAAGAAUAACGAAUCUAACAUUACAGAAUAUUCUGAACUUGCUUCUGUCAGCGUACAGAAGUACAUCGCUCGCAUGGAGAGAGCCAGAGACUUGAAACAGCAACCUAAAAGAGAAGCCUCUAAAAAGCCUGGAAGCGGAAAUCUGUGGAAAAGGAAGUCCACUGUCCCAAAAGGACCAUUUCUAAGAGUAAACAGCGGCCCUCGUGAGAAAGAUAGACUACAAUACCGUUCUUGUGACAGCUUGUCUCGAAUUAUCUCUCAAAAUAACCUAUCGAUUAGAGAUAUUGAUCUUGACCAAAGACAAAGCGAGAUGAAGUACUAUUGACCUGAAUCUUUCCAAAAUUGAAAAUUCUAUGUUUAAUCGCCUGAAAGGAAUGAGGGAACGUUCUCUUUACUCGAAGCAAGGAGGACUCUUAGGCCUUGAAAGAAAUUUGGAUGACACAAGCCCUUACUGUGACAAUGUUAAGUACACCAUAGAGCCUGACAGCAGAGAGACUACAGAAACUAAUUCAACUCCUCUGAUGAAUUUCAAGAGCUUUGGAGUCACCAGCAUGAGUUUUGACACAAACGAAAGAAGUACGAGGAAGCUGAUAAUCAAUCACAGACGUGAUGGUGCUACAACAACUAACCAGUCACCUUUGGAUUCCACUCCAGACUCAUUCACGAGUCCAUCAAUGCUAACCCCUUGAGAGGCGGUGGGAAAGCUUAGCACUUCCUCAAACGACAUAGAUGAGCUAACCUUCUCACAAAUGAAAGAAUUAAUGCACAAUGAAAUCAGGACGAUUGAAUAAACCCUAAAUAUCCCUGAUUCCCAUAAAAUCACUGCACUAAAAACCCUUCUUUAUUAAAUAUC